AUGGUGUUAUCUAUUAAAAUGUCACAACACCACUACAACAAAACAAUGGAAGGAAGUCAGCAAAAAGUGGAGGCUAAUUUCUUACUACUUGGAGCUGAAAGCGUCGGUAAAUCUGCUCUCACGGUGCGGUUUCUCACUAGAAGGUUUAUUGGCGAAUACGGCGAUAUUGAAUCCAUCUACAGUCAUACUGACAGAAUAGACGGACGGGAUAUCUGCUUUAAUAUCUGGGACUCACUUUGCCCUCAGAAUGAUGAGGGCGCGGGACACAUCAGCGACAGACAACUCCAGUGGGCGGACGGUUUCAUCCUGGUUUACAGCAUAUGUGACCGUGCCAGCUUCAACGUGGUGCGGCAACAGGUGAAGCGCAUCCGGCAAGCCAAAAGCAAAUUCCCCGGCUCACCUCCCAUCGUCAUCGUAGGGAAUAAACGCGACCUCCAGCAUCGCCGCACCGUCUCCAGCGAGGAAGGACGCCUCCUCACUCUUUCCACCAACUGUGGCUUUUUCGAGAUCUCUGCAGCGGAGACAUACCACGGGGUACAGCUGGUAUUUCACGAACUGCUCGACCUUAUCCGAGAGGCGAGGGCGCUCAAGAAGGGGGCAGCUGGGAUCAAAGGUAUCGUGAGAAGCAUGUCCGCCGUUUUCGGGAGGAAGAGAACUGAGUAG